AUGGCGAGCAGCCGGAGCAUCGAGCUGGAGCACUUCGAGGAGCGGGACAAGCGGCAGCAGCGCGCCGGGCCGCGCCGCGGCGGUGGCGGCGGCGGCGCUGGGCCGCGGGGUAACGGACUGAUCCCCAGCCCUGCGCACAGCGCCCACUGCAGCCUCUACCGGACGCGGACUCUGCAGGCGCUCAGCUCGGAGAAGAAAGCCCGGAAAGCACGCUUCUACCGCAACGGGGACAGGUACUUCAAGGGCUUGGUAUAUGCCAUCUCCACCGACCGCUUCCGCUCCUUCGAUGCGCUCCUGGUUGAGCUCACCCGGUCCCUGUCGGACAACGUGAACUUGCCCCAGGGUGUCCGCACAAUUUACACCAUCGAUGGCAGCAAGAAGCUCACCAGCCUGGAUGAGGUGCUGGAAGGUGAAAGUUAUGUCUGUGCUUCCAAUGAGCCCUACCGCAAAGUUGACUACACCAAGAACGUCAAUCCCAACUGGUGUGUGAACAUCAGGACCGGCACCAGUCGAUCCUUGCCCUCUCUGACGUCCACAAAGAGCGAGGUGAAGGAGAGUAAAGAUUUCAUUAAACCCAAACUGGUGACUGUUAUCAGGAGUGGAGUCAAGCCACGCAAAGCUGUGAGGAUCCUGCUGAACAAGAAGACUGCGCACUCCUUCGAGCAGGUCCUGACUGACAUCACAGAAGCCAUUAAGUUAGACUCGGGUGUAGUCAAGAGACUCUGUACGCUGGAUGGCAAGCAGGUGACAUGCUUGCAGGACUUCUUUGGAGAUGAUGAUGUCUUCAUUGCAUGCGGACCUGAGAAGUUCCGGUACGCUCAAGAUGACUUUGUGUUGGAUCACAGUGAAUGCCGGGUUAUGAAGUCCUCUUAUUCCCGGUCAGCUGGCAUGAGGCAUACUGGAGCCAAAAGUCCAGGCCCUUCACGUCGGAGUAAAUCACCUGCCUCAGUAAAGAGGGGUGGCCACUACUCCAGUGCUCAUUCUUCAGCAAAAUCCCCAGUUAAUGGAACCCCAAGCAGUCAAUUAUCCACCCCAAAAUCUACAAAGUCCUCCAGCUCUUCACCAACAAGCCCAGGCAGCUUUCGUGGACUCAAGCCCUUGACAGCACAAAAUGGCUCUUCCUCCAACGUGAACGGUGCACCUGAACCCCUCCGCUGCCAGAGCCCCGAAGGUGUGAAUGGAAACAAGUGCUCAGGGUCAUCUACCAUCCUGGAGAAGUACAAAGUGGGGAAGGUGAUUGGGGAUGGCAAUUUUGCUGUCGUUAAGGAGUGCGUAGAAAGGUCCACAGGAAAGGAGUUUGCACUGAAGAUCAUAGACAAGAAUAAAUGCUGUGGAAAGGAGCACCUGAUUGAAAAUGAAGUGUCUAUACUGCGCCAGGUGAAGCACCCAAACAUCAUUAUGCUGAUAGAGGAGAUGGACACCCCAGCUGAACUCUAUCUGGUGAUGGAGCUGGUCAAGGGAGGAGACCUGUUCGAUGCUAUCACUUCCUCCACAAAAUACACCGAGCGAGACGGGAGUGCAAUGGUCUACAACCUUGCCAGUGCUCUCAAGUACCUCCAUGGCCUCAACAUUGUGCACAGAGACAUCAAGCCAGAAAACCUCCUGGUAUGUGAAUACUCAGAUGGAUCCAAGUCUUUGAAGCUAGGAGACUUUGGACUGGCGACUGUGGUCGAAGGACCUCUCUAUACUGUCUGUGGUACCCCCACAUAUGUGGCUCCAGAAAUCAUUGCUGAGACAGGCUAUGGCUUGAAGGUGGAUAUUUGGGCUGCAGGAGUGAUCACAUACAUACUGCUAUGUGGCUUCCCUCCUUUUCGCAGUGAAAACAACCUUCAGGAAGACCUCUUUGAUCAGAUACUUGUUGGGAAGCUGGAAUUUCCUUCUCCCUACUGGGAUAACAUCACUGAUUCAGCAAAGGAAUUGAUUAGCCUGAUGUUACAUGUGAAUGCUGAAGCCCGCUACACAGCAGCACAGAUCCUAAGCCAUCCCUGGGUGUCAGAUGAUGCUUCUCAGGAGAAUAAUAUGCAAGCUGAAGUAACAGGUAAACUGAAGCAGCACUUUAAUAACACCUUACCCAAGCAAAAUAACACGUCUGCUGGGGUUUCUGUCAUCAUGAACACAGCUCUAGAUAAAGAGAGUCAGAUUUUCUGCAGCAAGCGCUGUCAGGACGCUGGUAGAGCUGGAACGGAGAAAGCUUCUGCAAUGAGUGCUGCGGCCGAGGAUCCUCGCCUGGCUGGAUCCAAGACUCUCUUCCCUUCUGCUUCUGAGCCACUCUGAUCCCCACGUUCCCUGCCUCAGGAUCUCCCAAGUUUGCUGGGGAUCAGCCUGGUGCUUAAGACUGAGGAAACCAAACCCAGCUGAAACUCCCUGCCCUCUGGCCACCAUUUCUCUGAACUCCACAGGAGAGUUUGUUGUGAGUCCCCCAGCACCUCCCAUGGUAAGCCCAAGGCAGACUCUGCUCUCCUUGAGGACAGCGGUGGGGGAAGGAAUUUGGCAGUGCUGGAUGAUGUUUAGAUUAUCUGUGUCAAUUGACUG